UGACGUGAUGCUUGCGAUCUCUUAUCUACCAGAUAUGCACAUUAUCAAUUGGUUUCGCAAAAUUACUUAUGAUAAAAUUAAUUCAACAUCCUGUGUUAAGUUGUUUAUAUUUGUAUAAAUUGUGCACAAUUUCAGAAUAAAAUUCGUACCUAAAGAUCAUGUACAAGCGUUUCAUUCUACUACAGCUAGGUUUUCUGCUAGUGUUUGAUCAACACAUAUUGGAAACAAAUGCAGAGAAAUGUAUCGUUCUGAAUGAGCAUGUAGAAGAAAUAGCCAGGUGCUGCCGGUACGACCCAUUCUGCAGCCAUGAAGCUGAAGAAAUGUGUAACCGUGAACUGAAUCCUCCGAGAACUGAAAUGGUGAUGGACUCGCUCAACUUUACGGUGUGUUUUCUAGAUUGUGCUUACCGACAUAUGGGGUAUCUCAAGGCCAAUAACGAAAUUGACGUACAAGCGUAUGUUGCUUUUCUUACCGGAUUUGAUAAGGACUAUCAAUUGAUGAUUAGCAAUGCUAUUGCUAAGUGUGCGGAAAUGCAGAGUGAAAUGAAGCCAAAUGUGGAUAAAAUGGGGUUGAAAUGUAAUAUGUUUGCGGUGCUGUUCCAGGAUUGUAUCACAAUAUUUACCUUUAGGAACUGUCCAGCCGCACGGUGGACGAAUAGUAAGAUUUGCAAUGAGCUUAAAAUGGGCGUUCCACUCUGUACAUAAUAAGAUUGAUCCACAAUCCUCCAAGACCGUUAUGUAGAAGUAUGGAGUAGAACUUGUAAUUCUACAACAUGGCAACAUGACUUCUCUACGAUUUAUUCAAGUAUAUCAGUUGAUAUCUGAAUUGCCUUUGACACCUCUGCUCUGUUAGCUCUGCUACAUUUGUAGGGUUCCAACUAACUACUACGACACUUCUGUACCAGUUUUAAGUUGAUUGUUAAGUGCUAAAAAUGCAAUAAAAAAGUUCACGUGACACUUUAAAUUAUGGUUUUGUUUCGAUUUCACGCAAUAGCACCAAAAGGACAUGGUAUUGGGUCUGUCAAACAGUAAAAAUUUUUGCGUAAUUUUCAAGAAGUUACUGGCGAUUCUUUUAUUAUUUUACUGGCGAUUAUUUUUUUUAUUUAAAACAUUAUUUGAGUGAAAAGAAAUUUAUUUCAACAAAUUCGCAUUAAAAUUCAUCCAUUUAUAAAUUUUGCUAAUUUUCCCAA